UAAGAAUCUGUCUCAAAAUAAAAAGGGCUAGGGAUGUGGCUUAGUGAUAAAGUGCCCCUGAGUUCAAUUCCCAGUACCGACAAAACAAAAUUUAAAAAAAAAGGUGCUUCUUAGUCAACAACCUCACCUCUACAAAUGCUCUCUAUAGUGAGGACUGAAAUGGGGAGCAAUAACACCUUGUUUUAUUUUUGGUACCUGGGAUUGGGAUUAAACCCAGGGGUGCUUAACCAUGGAGGCACAUCCCCAGCCAUUUUUUUAUGUUUUAUUGAGAGACAAGGUCUUGCUAAGUUGCUUAGGGCCUUGCUAAAUCGCUAAGUCUGGUUUUGAAUUUGCAAUCCUCCUGCCUCAACUUCCAGAGUUGUUGAGAUUACAGGCAUGUGCCACCAUGCCAGCCAUAAUAAUACCUUAUAUUACACUCAUAUGGCUUCCCAUUUCACAAGUACCUUAAUGUUCAUUCUCUCCUAAGAAACUAGGUCCACCCAAUGUGGGUAAGGGGUACACUUUCCAAUGGAGAAAAAGAACUCCCUUAUUCUUAGAUAGCAGGUCAUUAGGUAGGAAUCAAACUUCAUUCCAAGAUGAGCUCACCAUCCUUUUGGGAGAUGAGUGAAUGUUUCUCUGUUUUUGGUUUUUCCUCAGGCAAGAGGAAGUAAGGAAAUUAGGUUUGGGGUGUGGAAGGGGUAUAGUUUUGAAAGGCAAAAAGAUCAGAUUAAACAGGAAGGAACUUGAGACCAGAUUAAUUUAAAUGUUCGUUACUUCCCCUACCCCUUCUAAAGCCAUUUCAAUUCCUGGAGAGCAUUACACAUGUGUCUCAUCCUAGGCUUCUAGCCACAGCAACUUCACUACUCAUUUCCCCUGGAACUGAGGCUACAUACCUGGGCUCUCCACAGAGGGGAAUGAUGCAGGGAGGGGAAUCCCACCUGCUGUGAGUCACCUGCUAGUGUAAAGGGCGGGCCUUACAAUGCACGGACCUUAAAAAGAGGGAGAAAAACAACAGAAGCAGCUCAGAAUCUCUGUGAAAAUCAGAGAGAACCAGAACCAAAGCAGAACAGACAGAAUUAGUCUCAGAGCAAGGGGAAGUGGGCAGAGAUUCCACAAGGACUAGUGCAGGUCAUAGAAACAGAUUUGAGAAGUAGGCGACAUAAUGCUGGGGAUCAGAGCUGUGAUGCUGCUAUUGCUGCUGCCCUGGACAGCUCAGGGCUGGGCUGUGCCUGGGAGUAGCAGCCCUUCCUGGGCCCAGUGCCAGGAGCUCUCACAGAAGCUCUGCACACUGCUCUGGAGAGCACAUCCACUAGUGGGACAUAUGGAUUUACUGAGAGAAGAGGGAGAAGAAGAGACUACAAAUGAUGUCCCCCAUAUCCAAUGUGGGGAUGGCUGUGAUCCCCAAGGACUCAAGGACAAUAGUCAGUUCUGCUUGCAAAGGAUCCACCAGGGUCUGAUUUUUUAUGAGAAGCUUCUGGGCUCAGACAUUUUCACAGGGGACGAUGCUCCUGUGGGCCAGCUUCAUGCCUCCCUUCUGGGCCUCAGCCAACUCCUACAGCCUGAGGGUCACCACUUGGAGACUCAACAGACUCCCAACCCGAGUCCCAGUCAGCCAUGGCAACGUCUCCUUCUCCGCUUCAAGAUCCUUCGCAGCCUCCAGGCCUUUAUAGCUGUAGCUGCCCGGGUGUUUGCCCAUGGAGCAGCAACCCAGAGCCCCUGAAGGCAACAGCUUAAAGAUGGCACCCAGAUGGACAUGGCUCAGCAAUGAUAAGAUAUAUCUAUCGACCCACACAACUAUGAGCCAACAAGUUAAUUAGCCCACUAAUUUUAAUAAGACUUGCAUGUUGAAAAACUGCUAAUACUGACUUAAGAUGAUGACCUGUGACAAAGUUGCAUAUUUAUUAGCUGGAAAGGGAAAUUUUGGUACUAUUUAUCCUCUUGGGAACAGAUUGGAGAGGAGGAUUAUUUAUUAUAUUUAUAAGUAUUAUGUAUUUUUUUCAAUAAAGAUUUAUUUAUGUGGCUCUCAA